AUGGAGCGCGAGAGGAGCAAGGGGGAGAGGCGCCAGGUGGAGCUCGCUCUCGCCGCGUCCGGCAUGGGCCGGCGUUGCGGGGGAAGUGGGGGGGCAUCCGGGGGUCAAGACGGCGGUCAGGCAGCAGCUGGCGGCCAAAAUCGUGACGGAGAGAAGAAAAAUAGUGACGUGUUCAACAUUGACCCCGGCGGAUUUUGCCGCUACCACCAGUCCGAGCUUCACACCAACGAGCAGCGUCGUCUCCAGCAGCGACUGCGGCGCGCGCGUUCGAGAGAGGGCGCCGAGGAACGCCGCUCGGGCGGCGGUAGCCAGCAAGGGGGUAGACCGCCGCCGAGGCCAGGCCGCGGUGGCGGCCGAUGGGUGAGGCUAGGAGGGCAGCAGCACCACACCGGUCAUGGUGGCGGUGUCUGGAGCCAAGCCUCACCCCCCCCGAGACCUCUUCGUGGACGUGGGCCUGGUGGUCGUCUGGGGCGUCACCCGGGGGGUCGUGGGCCCGCGGGACGCCACAGCAGCGACGGGCGUGCCGAGAGAGAACGGGCAGGGGGAGGCCCGGGGCACGCGCGUUCUGGCCGCGGAAGAGAGCAGGCGUACGUUGUGUACUACGCCCACGAUGAUGGUGGCUACUACGAAGACUAUAGCGACUACGACGACGGCUGCUACUACGAAGACGGCCACCACGACGCUGGGUACGCCCACUACGCCGGCGGUGGGGACAGCUACAGCUACUCCUCAGGGAUAGGAGUGACGGUUGGAGUAGAGUCUUCUGCGUCUGCUUCGUCUUUGCUGAGUGUGGAAUCUAGUGAGGGGCCGCCUGGUAGCGAGAGAUGGGUAGCUGACUCAGUAGCCAGCAAUUGUUUCACCAACAGCAGCCUACACAUGUAUGACCUGCAAGAGAUCCCCGCGGUAGGAAGUAUAUCGUUGCAGGUGAUGGUCGACUGCUAGACGUGCAAGCCAUCGGUAGUAUUUAUGUUAGAUCCUUUCAGGAGGAUGAGAAUGCUGAAACAACGACGAUGUUUGUGAAGCUCACUGACGUUUCUGUUGUCGAGAGCCUGAGUUUCAACUUGUUCUCAACGCAUGCUGUUUCUUUGAAGCAACCAAUCCUCUACGACGAACAUGGUGCAACCCUACAAAAUGGACUGCUCUUUGCUAGAGAGGAAAAAGCGUCUGCAGCGUAUGCCAUGCGGUUGCCGUACGACCCAUCUGCGACUAUUGUAGACCCUGCUGCUUUGCCCGCAUUCGUGACUGCCCCCGAUUCC